AAAAAAUGACGAAGAGAACUCCGUUGAAGCAACAGAACAACCCAAGCAACGAGGAGGAUAUGGAGCUUGGUACGUUAAUCCACUUGCGAGGAAUGGCUCAAGGCAAUAUAACACGGAUAAAAAAUGUGAUACUGCAAAGCGAUGUGGAUGAUCUGACGGUGAAUCAAGUGAAGGUGUACAUCAGAAAGGUGGAAUCUUCGUAUGCGGAGUAUCAUACCCAUCAUCAGCAAUUGAUAGCUCGUUUGCCUGCGGACAAGCGUCAAGAGCAGGAUGAAAAGUUCAUACAGUUCGAGACUUUGCAUGAGCAAGUUUCCACAGUCCUGGACACCUGCCUCGAGACCCUUGCAGCGAAUGCAGUACCCCAGCAGCCCAACAAUCAACAACCUAUCGUUAUCCAACCGUCGUUACCUCGAGUGAUUCCAACGUUUGAUGGACGAUACGAGAAUUGGGAGAAAUUUAAGGUAAUGUUUAAAGAUGUUGUGGACGGAUCCAAUGAGCAUGCUCGUAUCAAGCUAUACCAUCUUGAGAAAGCUUUAGUUGGAGACGCUGCCGGACUGAUUGAUGCAAAAACAAUCAGUGACGGUAAUUAUGACAGGGCAUGGCAGUUACUCGAAGAACGCUUCGAGGAUAAGCGAAGAAUGAUCGACUUGCACAUUGGAGGUAUACUUGGCGUUAAGAAACUGAGCAAGGAAAGCUACACGGAUCUCCGGGCGUUGGUAGAAACAUUCGAAAAUCACAUCGAAAAUCUGAAGUUCCUAGGAGAGCAAUUCACUGGAGUCUCCGAAAGGUUCAUCAUCUACAUCGUAGCUCAUGCGUUGGACGACGAUACUAAGAAGCUUUGGGAGGCAACCGUGAAGCGACGAGAACUACCAACGUACAGUCAAACAAUAGCAUUUCUAAAGGAGCGUGUCUCGGUACUGGAGAGGUGCCAGACAUCAGACGACUUUGAUCGACAACGACAGCAACGACCAGCGGUUGCAAAAUCCAUCAAGCCUCCUCAAAGGAGUAAUGCGGCUACAGCGGUGGAAAAUCCGGAACCGAAGUGUGAGUUUUGCAAUGAGAAUCAUCUGUCUUUCAAAUGCUCCAAGUUCAAUGAAUCAACGGUGAAACAGCGUAUGGAUCUAGUAAGGGAGAAAAACGUAUGUUUCAACUGCUUGCGAAAAGGACACCGAGUAACAGACUGUUUGUCGGAGCGAUCAUGUACCAAAUGUGGAAGGAGACAUCAUACAUUGCUACAUUCUGUUGACGGCCCAGUUGAUUCCAAGGUAUCAAACAUCAUCGAUGGAAAUAGCAGCCAAUCUGAAGCAGCGAGAGCAACACCUGUACCCACACCACGUGCGAGUCGAAUGGUACACGAGCAGUCAUCGAAUGCAGCAAAUCCGGAACGUCCACAGGAACCAGUUAGCCAGGCACUGCUUUUCACUGCCCUCGUGAACGUGCUGGAUCGAGACAAUCGACCUUACCAGUGUCGCGCACUGCUGGAUUGCGGAUCUCAGGUAAGUUUUAUUACCCAGUCCCUAGCACACGCCCUUAACGUAGAAGUGGAACAAGUUAAUCUUCCAAUAACUGGUAUUGGCAGCGUAAGAUCAACCAUUAAGCAAAGAUGUACUGUGUCCGUUCAAUCCAGGUGUAACGAUUUUGCAUUUGAUUUGCAUUGUCUUGUUUCCCCUAGGAUUACAGGGGAACUACCGAGUAUGGAAAUUCAUUCGAGUAGCUGGAACUUUCCUCGUUUCAAGUUGGCUGACCCUUUGUUCUAUAAACCACAUGAAAUCGAUAUGCUGAUCGGAAUGGAUUGGUUCCUUGAUUUGUUGAAGCCAGGGUUUGUGAGACUUACUGAUGAUUGUCCGCGGUUACAAGACUCCCAACUUGGGUGGUUGAUUGGUGGUAGGUUUAUUGACCUACCUUUCUCUGGUGUUGGGCUCCGGUCGAAUCCGGUGGUUGAGGAUCCAGUGGGAAAGCUGGUCCAGAAAUUCUGGGAGAUUGAAGGUGUCUCUGCAGAUUUUGUUACAAAUACAGAAGAGGAAGAAUAUGAACGUCUUUUCCAAGAGACUUAUCGUCGUCAGUCCAAUGGUCGAUAUAUGGUCCAGUUACCGUUGAAGGAUAGUGUGAUUCAGCUUCCGGAUUCGAGAACUCAGGCUUUAAGACGAUUUUAUGCACUAGAGUCUAAAUUACAACGUCAACCAAACCUGAAAGAGCAGUACGACUCGCUUAUGGAUGAGUAUGAGUUGCUCGGUCAUUGUAAGGAAGUGUUCGAAGCUGAUGAUGAUCCAAAUAUGCAAAAAUGGUAUCUUCCACACCAUGCUGUUGUGAAUCCAUCAAAAACCACAACUAAGUGUAGAGUAGUAUUUGAUGCGUCGUCUAAGGUAGCCGGUACUUCUUUAAACGAUGUUCUAAUGGUGGGCGCUGCAGUACAGAGUGAUUUGAUGUCCAUUGAGCUUCGGUUCAGAAUGCAUCGAUACGUGAUGAGUGCUGAUGUGUCGAAGAUGUUUCGGCAAAUAGACGUAGAUUCCCGUCAUAGCCCAUUGCAGAGAAUCUUCUGGCGAAAGUCUCCUACCGAUCGUCUUCGAACACUUGAGCUUACAACCGUAACUUAUGGUACCGCUUCAGCGCCCUUCUUGGCCACACGAACGAUGUUGCAAUUAGCCAGAGAUGAACGAGACAAUUAUCCUCUGGCAGCUGAGAUAGUUGAGAAGAAUGUUUACGUAGACGACGGCUUGUUUGGGUCUAACAGCUUUGAAGAGGCAUGCGAGAUGCAACGCCAAGUCAUUGCGUUAUUCAAAUCUGGUGGUAUGCAUUUGCAUAAAUGGUCCUCAAACGAUCCUCGAUUACUUGAAUCAAUUCCUUCGGGGGACCAAGAUUCGCUGGUGGUUGUAGGUGAUUGCGAAGCCAAUGAGAUCAUUAAAACACUUGGUUUAAUGUGGAAUCCCAAAACGGACGAAUUUGUCUUUCUAACACAGCCACCACCGAAUUUUGAGACACCUACGAAGCGACAAGUUCUAUCGACUAUUGCAAAGAUAUUCGAUCCGUUAGGGCUAAUAUCACCCGUGAUCAUAAUCGCCAAAAUUCUAAUGCAGCGUCUCUGGAUAAGUAAACUUAAAUGGGAUGAAAGGUUAGAUGAUCAGCUUUGCUCGGAAUGGCAACAUUUUUUGACAUGUCUGCCUUGUCCGGAACAAAUUCGCAUCCCAAGACAUAUCGUGUCCCCACAUGCAAUUUGCUAUGAGUUGCACGGAUUCUCCGAUGCCUCGGAGAUGGCAUACGGUGCUUGUGUGUAUAUCCGCUCACUGAAUUCUGAUGACACAGCUGUGGUAAAACUUGUCGCUAGUAAGUCGAAAAUUGCACCAAUUAAUCCUGUUUCAAUUCCUAGGAAGGAGCUGUUGGCAGCAUUGCUUUUAACGAAAUUAGUUUCAAAGGUUGUGAGUGCGUUGGAUACGGUAACAUUCACCAAAAUUCAGUUGUGGUCCGACAGUCAAGUAGUGUUGGCAUGGCUACAGAAACCUUUGAAUCGGCUCCAAGUCUUUGUGCGUAAUAGAGUCGCCGAAAUCGUUUCUCACAACGAGUAUAUUUGGAGUUAUGUGAAUACACGAGAAAAUCCUGCAGACAUUGUCUCAAGAGGGCAAUGUGCCAAAGAGCUAGCUCAAAACGAUCUAUGGUGGAACGGCCCAAAGUUUCUGAAGUGCCAACUUUGA